AUGCAGUGCAACAAUUACAGCCGUGCAACAGAAAUAUUUCUUUUGGGUUUUCAGAAUCUUCACAGCCUUACCAUCAUUUUCUUUCUUGUAUUGCUAAUCAUCUACUGCAUAACACUAUGUGGGAACCUGCAGAUCAUCUUAUUGGUGUCAUCCAGCAAGAACCUCCAAAAGCCAAUGUACUUCUUCCUUGCUCAGUUAGCCUUUUCAGACAUCUUACUGAGCAACUCUAUUGUACCCAACAUGCUUCGUAUUGUUCUCCAUGGAGGAGCCACCAUAACAUUUGAGAGCUGUCUUACUCAAUUUUAUUUUUUCACGGCCUCCGAAGCCUUAGAGUGCCUCCUACUUACGGUGAUGUCCUACGACCGAUAUCAGGCCAUCUGCAACCCAUUACAUUAUACAUCUGUUAUAAACCUUGAAUUUUGUCUAAAAACAGUUAUUUUGUUUUGGGUAUUUAUUUUUCUAAUUAUACUGAUGAUUUCAUUAUCAAUAAGCCAAUUACAAUUCUCUGGUUCAAAUAUCAUUGACCAUUUCUUCUGUGACUUUGCUCCUCUUCUUGAACUGUCCUGUUCAAACACACUUGUAGUUGAGCUGGAAAGCAUGGUGCUGGCGUUCCCUCUUGUUAUUUGCCCUUUUGCUGUCAUCACAGUUUCCUAUAUUUAUAUUGUUUUUACCAUCCUAAAAAUACCAUCCGUUACUGGGAGGCAGAAAACUUUCUCGACCUGUAGUUCUCAUUUGGCUGUGGUGUCCUUAUAUUAUGGGUCAUUAAUUAGCAUCUAUUUAUUUCCAAACCAAGAAAAUAUAAAGAAGUUUUUUUCCCUGUUCUAUACAGUAAUAACACCUCUGCUUAAUCCUAUAAUAUACAGCCUAAGGAAUAAUGAUAUAAAAGAGGCUCUUGCUAAAAAAAUUGUUUUGCUUAAUGCUAAAAUAUUGGAUUAACCUCCCACU